AUGGGGAAUAGGACAACUGUCCGGGAGUUCACCCUGGAGGGCUUCCCUGCAGUCCAGCAUCUCGGGAAAGUCCUCUUCUCAGUGCACUUGCUGGCCUACCUGGCCUCUAUGGCAGGGAAUGCCGUCAUUGUCAGUAUCACUUGUGCCAGUGCACGCCUGCAAACUCCCAUGUACUUGCUCCUCAGCACUUUCUCCUUCCUUGAGUGCUGCUUCACGAGUGCCGUUAUUCCCAAGUUGCUAGUCAUUUUCCUUUUAGGCAGGCAGAAGAUUUCCUUUGCAGCCUGCUUUGUGCAAGCCUUUGUCUUUGUAUUUGUGGGAGCAACAGGCUUCUUCCUCAUUGCUGUGAUGUCACUGGACCGCUAUAUGGCCAUCUGCAUGCCUCUGCACUACCCCACCAUCAUAAGCCUGAGGACCUGCUCCUUUCUCAUCACUGCCUCACUUGCUGUAGGCUUCACACUCAUUAUGGGACUCAUAGUGAAGGUUUCUCGAUUGUCCUUCUGUGGCCCCCAUGUCAUCCCUCACUUCUUCUGUGACCUUGGCUCCCUGAUCCAUCUCUCCUGUUCUAACACUAGGUCUACUGAAAUGCUAACUUUUGGCCUAGCCCUGCUUGUCCUAUUUACUUCCCUCCUUAUAACCAUCACCGCCUACAGCAACAUAGCAGUCACAAUCAUGCGCCUCCCAUCAGCCAAGGAGCGGCAGAAAGCCUUCUCUACCUGCUCUUCUCACCUCGCUGUCCUCUCUCUGAUAUAUGGCAGCUGCAUCUUCAUUUAUGUGAAACCAAAGCAAGCAAGCAGGCUGGACUCCAACCGAGAGGCUGCUCUGGUGAACACAGUGGUGACCCCACUGUUGAACCCUGUCAUCUACACCCUGCGCAACAAGCAGUGCGCCAAGCACUGA